GCUGAGUGAUGUAAAAACGCAUAUUCCCUGUAUUUUUGUGUUCUCACUCUUUUCCAUUGUUGUCUUCGAUUCUCUCGAGAAGGAGCAAAUUAAUCAGAUUAACUAAAUCAUUUUGAAUCCCUUAUCAGAAAAUCUCGUAAAAUGGAAGUUGGGGGUAAUCAAAUUAGAGUGCAGUCGUUAGUGCAAGAAGGUAAAGUUGUAGUGCCACCUCAAUACGUGCAGCCGCCUCAAACCAGACCACAUCGUGUUCUUCGCAACACAAACAAGGGUGACGAUGUCCUAAAUCCACCCGUGAUUGACCUCAGCAAAGUCAACUCUUUACACGAAGAAUUGAGACGAGCGUGCAAAGAAUGGGGAGCGUUCCAUUUAACAAACCACGGAAUUCCGGUCGAAUUAUUGGAUGCGAUGAGGAAUGUGGGAAGCUCGUUUUUCGCAGACUGCACUAUGGAUCAAAAACUCAGUUACGGGUGCGACCCCAAUUCCCCUGCUUCCGAAGGAUACGGAAGCCGAAUGCUGGUCCAAUCGAACGAUACCGUUUUGGAUUGGAGGGAUUAUUUCGAUCAUCAUACGUUGCCACUUUCUCGUCGGGAUCCGUCCAAGUGGCCCCACUUUUCUGAAAAUUACAGAAAAGUUGUGGCGGAGUAUAGCGAUCGAACGAGCGGCCUAGCUGAAAAAUUAUUGGGUUUGAUAUCGGAGAGCUUAGGGCUAAGUUCUUCGUGCAUCAAAGAUUGUGUGGGUGAAUUUUAUCAGAAUAUUACGGUGAGUUACUACCCGCCUUGCCCGCAGCCAGAGCUCACUCUGGGUUUGCAAUCGCAUUCCGAUUUCGGUGCCGUUACGCUUCUCAUACAAGACGAUGUGGGAGGGCUUGAGGUGUUGAAAGAUGGUGAAUGGAUCUUUGUUAAUCCAUUACGCGACGCUGUUUUCGUUAUUUUGGCUGAUCAAACUGAGAUUAUAACAAAUGGAGAAUAUAAGAGUGCUCAACAUAGAGCUAUAACAAAUUCGAACAAGGCACGUCUUUCUGUUGCUACAUUUCACGACCCUGCAAAGACGAAGAUAAUAAGCCCAGCUAUCGAGCCGCAUAAAUACCGACCGGUGAUGUACGGUGACUAUGUUUCGUCAUGGUACACUAAAGGGCCCGAAGGAAAACGGAACAUCGACGCGCUUCUGCUUUAAUUCGAAAAAAAAGGGGAAUAUGCAGUUAGAAUAUGCUAAUUUAAUAACUAUUAUUUAAUGCCAUAUGUUUUGGUGUUGUAGUUUAAUUGAAUUUUUGGUGCAAAAAUUCUCAUGAAUAAAGCAGGGUAUUGUCUGGAGCUUUGGUGUCUUUUUGUUGUGAAGUGUCCCCAUCUGUCUGACCUUUUAUUACUUUAUCUUUUCUAACACUCUUUCUUUCUAUUUUA